AUGAUAGUCGCCUUAAUUUAUGAAUUAGGAGUUGUAUGCAUAGCAAGAGUCUGGUGUCACGUGCCAAAGCAGUUGAAUGCUUUGCUUGAGGUUGUCGAUUCGGAGAUUGCUAAUAUUAUCGAGCUCGAGAAAGCGAGACAAUGGAAGAAUCCUUAUGUCAGAAACGUGCUGAAGCGUUUCGGUUGGAUCCUGCAAUGUGGGGAGACUGACACAAAGAAGAUAUCAGCGGUCUCUAUACUUUUUGAGACCAUGCCAUACAGAUUGAAUGAGAGCACUGGCUAUAUUGAUUAUGACCAGGUGCUAUGGCCAUUUUCAUGUAGGAAAUACAGGAAAUUUUCAAAAUUGCAUGCCGUAAACUGCAUAAUGGUUGUGUGGUGGUCAGUUUGAUUAUGCAGAUCUUGGAUAGUGUUGAGCUUGGAGAUGGUAUUUCAAGGCAUGAAGCUGGACCGUUGGAGUUGUU